UCGUCAGUACUCGUUUGAACUUCCACACGCUAAGACUACGGCUGUCUUAUAUUUUGUCGAUAAACGGUCGAAUCGGUGACUCGACAAGUCGAUCAUGUUAUCUUUUCUCGCCGACUUGUUGUUCGACAACGUCACCUAUAUUAGCUUAAUUUCCGUGUUCGCGGCCAUCUACUACUAUUCCACUUCGACGUACGAUAAAUGGCGGAAAUUGAACAUCCCGUACGUACCGCCCGUGCCGUUGUUCGGCAACGCGUUCAAAAUGUUGACGAGACUCGAACAUCCGAUUGACAUGUUCGAAAGGAUGUACUACCUAUUUCCGGACGCCAAACUGUUCGGGUACUACCAAAUGAGAAAUUCGAUGCUAAUGGUCCGCGACCCGGAGCUGAUCAACACGAUACUGGUGAAGGACUUUUCGUACUUCACCGACCACGGUAUAGACCUGGACCCGUCCAUGUCCGUGUUGGCCAGCAGUCUGUUUUUCUCCAACGGCCAGAGAUGGCGGACGAUGCGCCAGAAGCUGAGUCCGGGCUUCACGUCCGGCAAGCUGAAGGACACAUACUGCCAGAUCAACGAGUGCAGCGACGAAAUGGUGUCCGGCAUCGUCGAGACGCUCGAGAAAACCGACCGACUGGACGUGAAAACGAUGACUGGAGGUUUUUCCACGGACGUGAUCGGUACGUGCGCGUUCGGCCUGAAGCUGGACGCGAUUAAGAACGACGACUCGAAGUUCCGCCGGUACACCAAGAUGAUUUUCCAGAGCACCCCGAAGCAACUAAUCAUACAGAUGCUGAUGAUGACCUGUCCUCGAGUGAUGAAACUAUUUAAAAUUAAAAUGUUUUCGGAAGAGGCUACCAAAUUUUUCUAUGACGUGUUCACCGACGUCAUCAAGUACCGCGAAGAGCACGACGUGGUCCGAAACGAUUUAACACAGACCCUUAUGGAGGCACGUAAAGAGCUAGUGUUGAAGGAGAACUCGACCGUCGAAGACAAAUUCACCGAUGAUGAUAUAAUCGCUAACGCUAUUCUCAUGUUCACUGCCGGUUCGGAAACCGUAUCGUCUAUGCUAUCUUUUUGCCUGUACGAAUUGGCGCUGAACAAAGAAAUCCAAGACAAAUUACGUGCGGAAAUAUGGUCGGCGAAAGCAAAACACGACGGACAGUUGAACAACGAUUAUUUGAUGGAUCUCCAUUACACCAACAUGGUGUUGGAAGAAACCGCUCGCAAGUACUCCAUUGCGUUUAGCGUAAUGAGAGUGGCUACAAAAACUUACGCUCUGCCCGACGAAUCGUUUGUUAUCGAAAAAGGACAAAAGAUUAUUAUACCGAUGUUCAGCAUACAUCGUGAUCCAAAAUACUAUCCCGACCCGAUGAAAUUCGAUCCGGAACGAUUUUCUACGGAACAAAAAUCGCAACGACCCAAUGGCACUUACUUGCCGUUCGGUGACGGGCCUCGUCUGUGCAUAGGCAAACGGUUUGCGGAAUCAGAGAUGAAAUUGGCCCUGUCAAACGUAUUGUCAAAGUUCGAAGUUUUGCCGUGUGAACAAACUGAAAUUCCCGUCGACAUAAGAAGCGGAUCGGGAUUUAUUACACCGAAAAACGGAAUUGUCUUAAAAUUUAGACCGAUCAUUGAACACUGAAUUUGAAUUAUAUUAUUAUUUUGUACUCUCAGUCUCAUAAAAUAAUAAUAUUUAUUAUCAUAUUUCUAAAUACAUGUGUGUAUAGUGUAUGUGCACGUUAUGUGUGUGUUUUGUGUUAACGAGGUAUCAAUGAUGCCAUCUUGAAGAUUCCGGCAUAACUAACAAUACGUUUAUUACGUAUCUACUGCACAGAGCUAACGUUAAUAUAUUACCAGUAAUAAAUAAAAUAAUAAUAAUAAGUAAUAACAAUUAUAACCACACAUCGCGUGUCAUCGUAAUGUAUUAGGUACCUAUGUAUUGUUACAUAUUAUUAUUUUGUCGAUAUUUCAAAUUAUUCCAUUCACACUUAUAUUAGAAAUGUUUCCUUUAAAACUUGUUUGAUAUUUUUAUGUCAUAAUUAUUAUUUUUAUUGUAUCAGUUGUAUUUAUUAAUAG